UGGGGUUUGAAUGGCGGGGCGGGAAGAUGGCGGCCGGUAGCGGCGGGAGGCCGAGGCGGGGUGGCCGGGCCCGCUCCCUGGGGGACUGUGUCCUAUUCGGGUCCGCGGGCCCCGCCCGGCCCGUGCUGAGCCCCCCGCCCGGCCUGGAGCGCUCCCUGCGGCGCAGCGGCAGCCCGAGCUGCUCAGAAUUUUUCUCCAAAGGGCAAUGCCAACAGAUGAAUGUUCCUGAUGACCAAGCAGACAAACUGCUCCUAGCAAGCUGGGGUCUUCCCAAACUAGUUCUGGAGAAAUACCACAGUCUGGGAGUAGUGCAUAUGUUUGAAUGGCAAGCAGAGUGCCUGAUGCUUGGACAAGUCCUGGAGGGGAAGAACCUGGUUUAUUCAGCUCCUACUAGUGCUGGAAAGACAUUAGUUGCUGAGUUACUCAUCUUGAAGAGAGUCCUGGAGACCCAUAAGAAAGCUCUGUUCAUCCUCCCUUUUGUUUCUGUGGCCAAAGAGAAAAAGUAUUAUUUGCAGACUCUGUUUCAGGAGGUGGGUGUGCGGGUAGAAGGCUAUAUGGGAAGCACCUCCCCUGCUGGACGUUUCUCAGCAUUGGAUGUUGCCGUCUGCACCAUUGAGAGAGCCAACGGAUUAAUCAAUAGACUCAUUGAGGAGAACAAGAUGGACUCAUUGGGAAUGGUGGUUGUGGAUGAGUUGCACAUGCUGGGAGAUUCUCACCGAGGAUAUCUGCUGGAACUCCUGCUCACCAAAGUUCGAUUUGUUACAGAGAAAAUUGCUAAAAGACAGACAAAGGAGAAUACUUCUCCUAUUUCUAACAGCAUACAGAUAGUAGGCAUGAGUGCUACCCUUCCUAAUCUGGACCAUCUGGCCUCCUGGUUGAAUGCUGAGCUGUACCAUACUGAUUUUCGUCCUGUACCCCUCAUGGAAUGGGUGAAAAUUGGCAGUAAUAUUUAUGAUUCUUCAAUGAAGCUGGUGAGGGAAUUCCAACCCAUGCUGCAAGUCAAGGGAGAUGAAGAUCAUAUUGUGAGCCUGUGUUAUGAAACUAUUCGUGAUGGUCAUUCAGUCCUGCUCUUCUGUCCAUCGAAGAACUGGUGUGAAAAACUGGCAGACAUCAUAGCCAGGGAAUUCUACAACCUUCAGCUCUGGUCCUUGCAGCAUGCUGAGAGGUUUACGAAAACGUCAGAACUUUUACCAGUUGCCUUGGACAAGAAAGCAAUAGAGGAGGUGAUGGACCAGCUGAGGCGCUCACCCUCAGGUCUGGAUUCUGUGCUCAAGCGUACUUUACCAUGGGGAGUGGCAUUUCAUCAUGCAGGUCUUACUUUUGAUGAACGGGAUAUCAUUGAAGGGGCCUUUCGCCAAGGGUUGAUUCGAGUCCUGGCAGCAACAUCCACCCUUUCUUCUGGGGUGAAUCUGCCUGCACACCGGGUAAUUGUCCGAACACCUGUAUUUGGUGGUAGACUCCUAGACAUCCUAACUUACAAACAGAUGGCUGGGAGGGCAGGAAGGAAAGGAGUAGACACAGUGGGUGAAAGUAUUCUAGUAUGCAAGCCCUCUGAGAGAUCGAAAGGCAUUGCUCUGCUUCAGGGAUCGCUCAAGCCAGUCCACAGCUGUUUGCUCAGAAAAGAGGGGGAAAGGGUAACCUCUAGCAUGAUACGAGCAAUCCUGGAGAUCAUAGUGGGUGGAGUGGCCAAUACGCCAGAAGAUGUGCGAACCUAUGCUUCCUGCACACUUCUUGCUGCCAGUCUGAAAGAUGGUGAGCAAGGAAGUGGGAGAGGUGAAGAGAAAGCUCAGAAUGGAGCUGUUGAGGCUUGUGUGAGAUGGCUGCUAGAGAAUGAGUUCAUCCAGGUUUUAGACUCUGGUAAUGGAGUAAAAGCAGAGAUCUAUCAUCCAACACACCUUGGUACAGCUACUCUUUCCUCUUCUCUGUCACCAACUGAGGCUCUGGGAAUCUUUGCUGACCUCCAAAGAGCAAUGAAGGGUUUUGUCCUGGAGAAUGACCUGCAUAUUCUCUAUUUGGUCACUCCUGUGUACGAGGAGUGGACUGCUAUUGACUGGUACCAGUUUUUCUGCCUGUGGGAGAAAUUGCCUUCUUCUAUGAAGCGAGUGGCUGAGUUGGUGGGGAUUGAAGAAGGCUUCUUGGCUCGCUCUGUAAAGGGCAAAAUCAUAGCCAAAACAGAAAAACAACACAGACAAAUGGCCAUUCAUAAAAGGUUUUUCACCAGCCUUGCUCUAUUGGAUUUAAUCAAUGAGGUUCCCUUAAAAGAUAUUACUAAGAAAUAUAACUGUAGUCGUGGCCAGCUUCAGUCCUUGCAACAGUCUGCUGCCACCUAUGCAGGGAUGGUAACAGUUUUUUCUAACCGCCUGGGGUGGCACAAUAUGGAACAGUUGCUCUCCCAGUUUCAGAGUCGCCUUAUGUUUGGUGUCCAAAGGGAACUGUGUGACCUGGUUCGGAUAUCUCUGCUAAAUGCACAGCAUGCCAGAAUUCUUUAUAAUGCUGGCUUCAUCACGGUGGCUGAUCUUGCUAAAGGAAAUACUGCUGAAGUAGAAGUUGCUUUGAAGAAUGCAGUACCAUUCAAAAGCAUUCGUAGGGCAGUGGAUGAAGAUGAAGAGGCAGGCGAAGGACGUUGGGAUACCCACUGGAUGCGGAAUACCCACUGUAUCUGGAUGGCGGGAAUGAAGGGCCUAACCGAAGGUGAAGCAGCAUCCCUUAUUGUGGAGGAGGCUAGAAUACUCCUACAGCAGGACUUGGCUAGGAUGGGAGUGCAGUGGAAUCCAGAUUCUUUUCUUGAGUCUGAUACAUCUUCCAUGACCAGCAGUGAAUCAGAGCUGGAGGACAGAAAAUAUAAACAGAAUGGGGAACGUUCACUCGGGACUUUGAAAGUAUUCAGCAAUGAAAGGUACAGAAUUCUAACUGAUAACGGCACCAAUUUUCAAGCUGGGAAGUCAUCAAAUAUUAAAAAGGGACAUAAAAGGUUGUUAAAUGCUAGUGUAUCAGACUCCAGGUCCCAUAGCGAACUGCAGGAAGAUCACACCCAGAAAAAGGAAAGCAAUGGUGAUUCCAUCACAUGCAAUGCUAGAAAGCGGCCAAAUUUGAGAAAAGGUAAAGAAAACAAGGAAGUUACUUUUCUGACCAAAAGCAGUGCAGCAACUAUUCAAGAAUUCCCUACUCAAAAAGGAAAAAGACCAACCUUGAACUGCACUUCACAGAAAACUUCUAAAACAUCUGGGUGCAGGAUGACUAUGGACACUAGUUUCAGCCAAAUUGAGGGCAAAAGCAUUGAUCCAAAACAUUUCCGACUUGAUAAGUCAGUGAUGCACACAACAGAGUUAAAUGGGCCCUCUGUAUCUAGCCAUAGCAAGUCUAAAGAUAAAUCUUUUUCACACCAAAGGAAAAAAAGAUUUGGAGAGAACAAAUCAUCUUCUCACAAGAGUUUCACUGUCAAAGGUUCAGAAUCUUUACAGGUGAAUAAAGUGCAACCAGAAAGCAAAGAGAUAAUGAAGGAAUUACUUACAGAACCUUCCAUCUCUAAUAAAGCCAGUCCUAAAGAAACAGUGCUUGGUCUGGAAGCUAGGCAUACUGAAAUGAGGGAUGCUCCACCCAUGAAUGUGGUGAUAGAUGAUAAUAUGGGAAACCUGGGAAUUUCUAGCAGGUCAGCAAAAAAUGAAAACAGUGAUUUAAAACAGAACAACAUCCAAUCAGUUAAAAACUGUGCUGAAAAGAUGUAUUCCAAACAACAAAUGAUUCUAGGCACAUAUCUUUGUAAUGAGGCAGACAGCAGUUCUGCAAACAUGUAUGGGAGCAUCGGUAUUAGCAAACAGAAAACAGUUUAUUUUUAUCCUGAAGAGAAUACAUCUUUCCAUUUUCAAAUUCAAAAUGAUGGCAAAACAAGUUUUGAAAAGCCCAGUGGAAUGUUACAAACUGGAGGUAAAGCAGAUAACAAGCAAGAGGAUUUUUUGAAAGAUUCUACGGUAAAAUCUGGAGCUCUUUGUGUUCCAAAAGAUGUUAAAAAUGGCUAUUCUCCUGAUCUGUAUUCAGUUUCCAAAGAAUUUGAAGACAGCUUCCAGUUGGAUACACAGACUGAUAGGAUAUUACAGCAGCUGAUGGCAGCUGAAAUUGCAAAACAGUGGGGAGAAAAAGAGACAGAGCGGACAAAGAUACCUGUGCAGAACAUUUCCAUGAAACUACACUGUGCCAGCACUUUACAAAAUGAAGAUGUUGCAGAUGAAAAGCUAGCUGCAGCACUUAGAAAAGUGGUCUGUUCAAGUCUGGGGACAGCAAAUACUAUGAAAGAAACAACAGAUUUACAUUGCACUAAUGCUUUGGGCUCUAGAAGCACUAAUGUACAGUCUUCAAUGAAAUGCACAGAAUCUGCAUUUUGUCUUAAAGGAAAUGAUUGUUCUUUCACUGACUCACAACUAUAUAGCUUUUUACAAGGUUAUCAGACCCAAAAUUCAGUUAAGGAAAAUGUCUCUAAAGAUCUUCAGAAGGCAGUCUCUCCCUGCAAUGGCCAGCACCCUCACACUGUGCUUGUACAAGUUGAGUGCCACCCGCCUCCUGAAACUAGUCUGAAUUUCAGUGGCAGUUUACUUUUUGAUGAAAGCUUCAAUAAUGUCAGUGGCUCUCCAACUAUGCAUGCAGAUGACGCUCAAGGGGCAGAAUCUGGGAAACAGAAAGUUGUGACUCUUUCUUCUAAAGCCACUUCUAGCUCUCUUGAUGAUCUUUUGCAUCAGCAGAACUUGGGGCCUAUUCAGGAUGUAUUAACUGUCGAUAUAAACGUCAGUGAGCAGCAUCCAGCACCGUGUGAUGAUGAGUCUGUUAUAUUCUCUGAUAUAGAUUCUUUCCAGAUGGCUGAAGCUUUAGGUAAUGUAGACUUACCUCCAUAUCAAGGAGACAGUCCAUCUGCAGUUCUUGUUGAACUAGGGUUAAGAAAAACAAGGCAUGAGGAGAAUGAUCACAGACCAGAGGACUCAAGACUGGAUCAAGGUGAAAGACCCCAGAAUUCCCAACAAGCUGUGGGAAAGAAUACCAAUCCAGUGGUAUGGUCUGAUCAUUCAUUUAACUUAAGCCCAGAGUUGCAAGAUAUUUUAGACAGGUGGCCUAGUCCUUCAGAUAAUAAACCUGUUGUUUUAAGUCCAAAAGUCUUCUCCUCAAUAGGAAAGUUAGUAAACUCAAAUAGUAAACAAGAGCCUGGAGCAAUUUCUGAAUUCAGCUGUUGUCCAAGAGAGUCGUCAUCCACUUGCCAGGGUUUAAAGAAUUAUUUCAAAGUUAAAGAGAGCAAUAAGGGAGUUCUGGAUGUUCAGAAACCAGCUUACAACCAUCUGCUGCUCAAGGGAAGCAACAGAUUAUCUGACCCCCAGCUAGAUAUCAGCAAUGGAUUUAUACCUCAAACAUCUCCUAAAGAACCUGUUCCAAAGAGUUUUGGCACAUCCUCUCUAAUGUUUGGAAAAAACAAAAAUGUUAGCCACAUAGAUGAAGUCCCAUCUUUUCAACCAUUGAAAAAUAGCAAAUCUACUUCAGAUCACCUGAUAAAAACACUGCCAUUUAAUCCUGGGACUGAAGAAACAUGUGAGGUUUUGCUUGAGACUAACACUGUAAAAGACAAUUCUGUUAUAGACCAAAGCUUUUCACUGCAACUAUCUCAAGAUGUUUUGCCACUUGUUUCCUGCAGUGCUGAAAGUUUCUCUAUUAUUGAUGUAGCAAGUGACAAAGCUCUCUUCCAUACCUUCAUCAGAGAAUGGAGGAACAAAAGCAGAUUUGCCAUUUCACUGGCUUGUGAAAGAACAAAAUGCCUCUUGUCCCCCAUGUCAACUAUAGGUGGCAGAUUUAAACAAGUACGAUCUCCCCAGCGGUUCCAGGUUAAAGAUGAUGGGUUUCCUAUCAAAGGCUGUGAAGACAUCUUGGUGGUUGGGUUGUCUGUGUGCUGGGGUGGAAAGGACGCCUAUUAUAUCUCAUUGCAGGAGAAGCAAGAUCGCCAGACUGAAAUCAGUGCCAGCUUGGCACCCCCUCCUUUGGAUCAGGACCUGUCUGUGACUGAGAGAUUAUGUCAAGUACAAUCCUGCUUGCAGAAAGAAUCUGAGGGGGAGCACUCACUUAUCAUGUACAACCUCAUCCAGCAUUAUUGUGGGAUCUCCCUGGAGGGAAGUUUCGAGGAUCCAAAGAUAGCAUGCUGGCUGCUGGAUCCUGGCUCUAAGGAGCGAACCCUUCACAACAUGGUGACCAAUUUUCUCCCUCACGAGCUGCCCUUGAUUGAAGGGCUGGGAACUGGCCAAGGGGUUCAAAGCCUGGGACUUGGUACCAGUGCUGAUUACUCUGGCCGGUACCGAGCAGCCAUAGAAUCUGUCCUCAUUUUCAACACCAUGAACCAACUCAUCACCCUGUUGCAGAAAGAAAAUCUAACAGAUGUUUUCCAUAAAGUGGAGAUGCCCACUCAAUACUGCUUGGCCCUGCUGGAACUGAAUGGAAUAGGUUUUAGCACAACAGAGUGUGAGACCCAAAAACAGGUUAUGCAAGCUAAACUGAAUGAGAUUGAGGCUCAGGCUUAUCAGAUGGCAGGCCACAGCUUCUCUUUGACCAGUCCUGAUGACAUUGCAGAGGUAUUGUUUUUGGAGUUGAAAUUGCCACCAAAUGGAGACGUGAAAAUACAAGGAAACAAGAAAACGCUGGGUUACACCAGAAGAGCUACUGCUAAUGGAAACAGAGUCAGGCUGGGCAAGCAGUUUAGUACAACCAAGGAUAUUUUAGAAAAAUUAAAGGCUUUACACCCAUUACCCGGCCUGAUUUUGGAAUGGAGAAGGAUCACCAAUGCAAUGACCAAAGUGGUGUUUCCACUGCAGAGGGAGAAGCGUUUGAAUCCUGCACUAGGGAUGGAGAGGAUCUAUCCUGUAUCUCAGACUCACACUGCUACAGGUCGCGUAAGCUUCAUAGAACCGAAUAUUCAGAAUGUUCCAAAAGACUUUGAGAUUGAAAUGCCAACUGUGGUUGCAGAGAGCCCUCCUUCUCAAGCACGAGGAUGUGGCUCUACUUUUCUUGGGAACAGAGGUAGAAAGCGAUGCAGUACCUUGCCUUGUGGCCUUAAGGUUCUGGCUUAUGAAGGAUCCAAAGGAAGAGGGAUGCCAUUUUCUGUUAGCAUGAGGCAUGCUUUUGUUCCUUUUUCAGGAGGUUUAAUUUUGGCUGCUGAUUAUUCCCAACUUGAGCUGAGGAUCCUUGCUCACUUGUCUCGUGACCGUCGUCUCAUUGAGGUCUUGAACAGUGGGGCUGAUGUUUUCAAGAGCAUUGCAGCUGAGUGGAAGAUGAUUGACCCUGAAGCUGUUGGAAAUGAGAUAAGGCAACAAGCCAAACAGAUUUGCUAUGGUAUUAUCUAUGGAAUGGGAGCUAAAUCUUUAGGAGAACAGAUGGGUAUUGAAGAAAAUGAUGCUGCCUGUUACAUUGAAUCCUUCAAAUCCAGAUACCCAGGGAUUCAGACUUUCCUGAAGGAGACAGUGAAGAAAUGCAGUAGGGAUGGUUUUGUGCAGAGCAUCCUGGGGAGGCGCAGAUAUCUGCCAUCUAUCAAAGAUCCAAACCCUUACAGCAAAGCACAUGCAGAGCGCCAGGCUGUGAACACAGCUGUUCAGGGUUCUGCGGCUGACAUUGUUAAAACAGCCACUGUGAACAUUCAGAGGCAGCUUGAAGCGUUCCCAUCAGCAGUGAAGUCCCAUGGACAUCUGGAGAGCUUGUUCCAGAGCAACAGGACAGGAAGGUUAGACAGGAGGAGAAACAGAGCGAAGUUACAGAGUGGAGGUUUCUUCAUCCUCCAGCUCCAUGAUGAGCUCCUCUAUGAGGUUGCAGAAGACAGUGUAAUUCAGGUAGCUCAGAUUGUCAAACACGAGAUGGAAAAUGCCAUAAAACUCUUGGUGAAGUUGAAUGUUAAAGUGAAAAUUGGACCUAGCUGGGGAGACCUGCAGGAGCUGGAGUUGUGAGCAUGAAACAAGACCCUCUCACGGUGGCGAAACUUCAUGCUCCAUAGACUCUACAGAGCAGGUGCCAACUUACUCACAGGUGGAGACAUUAUUAGCUGCAUACUUACUGAUAAAUCCAGCAAGUUGGGAGCUAACUGGUGCCUUUUCUUUUUAAUAAGCAUAUUACAGACUGGCUUCUGAAAUGUUUUGGAAGACUUGUAUGAAUUCCUCAAGGCAAUGAGGUCAGAUAGCACAUCAAGGAGUGUUUACAGAGGUGUAAAAUUAUUAAUUUCUAAAUGCUAAUAUUUAAAUGAAUUCCUGUUAAAAUAUGUAAAUUGAGGAUAUAGAUUUAAAAACCCAAACAUAAUGACUUUACUGCAUCUGAAAUUACAUGGACCUUUUUAAUAAAAUAAAAAAUGAGUCACUCAGGAAGUGUUCCUGCAGAGCUGUGUAUAAGAGAAGAAAUAGGAUGUUACUUUACUUGUAUUUAAUGACAAACUUCGUGUAUGGUCAACACUUCAGGCCCUGCUGUGUGAGCCUAAUAUGAUGGCAGAAUUUUAGAGACUUUAUUAAAGUGUGAAAAUGAUUUUACAAACAGGUUGUAUUUUACGAGUAAAGAAUUGCCUCAUAGGGUAGGCGUGUAAGCCAGAGCAGAGAAUUCUCUUUGCUAGAAGGAAUACUGUUAGCCUGCUAGGGCCUUAAUAUUUGAACAAAGUCAGUGGCUUGUUGUAUCCCUAUUGUCUGCAUGCUGUUCAUCUUAGAACUGACCUUCAGAAAAUGAUGUUGUUUUUAAAUAAAAACAACGCCCCCUUAAAAAGUCAUAACUUCUAAUGCUCAAUUUAAAAAAAAGCAUCAAAAAAUAAAAACCAUAUACCUUGAGAAAAUCUGGAGUUGGGGACCAGAAGAAGCAACUUGCAUUUUGGGGCCUGUCAUGCUGAUGAGUAAUUUAAACACUAACUGACUUCUUGCUGUAAAUGGCUAAGCUUUAGAUACCAGUCUUUCCCCUUCUUUGGUACAAACUUUGAUACUGCUGGUCAGCCUGUGCUGAAAAUUGUCUAGAUUUCAUCUUCUACUAUCCAGGUGGCUGUUUUGUCACAAACCAAUUCUACAAGCCAAAUACACAGAGAGGUGUUGGAAUUACAAUUCAUCCACAAAUUCAAUUCCUUCACUGAUCACCUUCUCAGUUGAGAAGGGAUAGCUGGGACAUUAUCAACCUCACAUUCAGUGAAGGUGCCUACAGUUCUUUGUGUAGAUUUCUUGCAUUAGUACCCUUCCUAUUUAAUUGCUAUCCUUUGAGCCUUAUCUGCUUCUUUUUAACUAUCGAAUUUUCAAGUGCUUA